AUGGGACUCUCUAGGCAAGAAUCCUGGAGUGGGGUGCCAUGUCCUCCUCCAAAGGAUCUUCCCGAUCUAGAGAUUGAACCCACGUCCCUUGCGUCUCCUGCAUUGGCAGUUAUAGGAGGAGCCUGGGAGGGGAGAGUUCAUGCCAAGGGAGAGGAGAAGUCAAGACAAGUUGACCUCAAAGGUACCAUGGAAAAGUAUAAUUGCUUUCUGGAGAAAGGAAUGGCUACCCACUCCAGUAUUCUUGCCUGGAGAAUCCCAUGGACAGAGGAGAGCCUGGUGGGCUACAGUCGAUGGGGUUGCAAAGAGCCAGACACGACUAAGAAAGUCACACAUAAUUGCUUUACAAUAUUGUAUUAG